AUGGAGAGUGUAGGACCACAUAGUUGCUUGAGCACUACCAUCACACGAGACCAUCCCAACUUGACAUCCUCGGAGAUUGCUGGAGUGAUUAAAUCUCAAAUUGUUGCUGAUCCGACAAUUAAGGAGAAGGUGUUGCUAGCCACUGCUAAAGAUAAGUUUGGGUAUGAGCCGGGACGAAAGAAGAUUAGGAAUGCAAAGAAGAUUGCAAUGGAGGAUAUUCAUGGCUCGUGGGAAGGAUCAUACGAGGACUUGCCACAUUUGAUGGAAGCUCUUCAGUCCUUCAAUGUGGCCACGAAGGAAGUGACAUUUAGGAGAUUGUUCUGGGCUUUUAAGCCCUGCAUUGAUGGCUUCGAGUAUUGCAGACCCGUCAUACUGAUAGACGGGACUCAUUUGUAUGGACCAUAUCCGGGUGUUCUUCUAAGUGCAACAGCUGUAGAUGGGUUUAGUCACAUUCUACCAUUGGCGUUUGCUAUAGUGGAGUCGGAGAACAACUCUAGCUGGGAUUGGUUCAUGGAUAGGUUGAGGAGCUUGGUGGUUGGUCGGAGGCAUGGGAUAUGUGUCAUUUCUGAUAAACAUUUAGGGAUCAUGGCAGCUAUGCAGAAGGAGGGAUGGUGUGAGCCACUUAAUCAUCAUCGGUACUGUGUGAGACAUUUUGCCACAAACUUUUCCACCAAAUUCAAGAAAGCUGGAUUGAAGGAUAGAUUGGUUGAGUUGGCAUAUCAGGUCCAGCCUAAGAAAUUUGAACUACUAUGGGGGGAGUUGUUGGCACUAGAGCCCCGAGCACUUACAUGGUUUGAGGACAAACCAGUAAGGAACUGGUCACUGACACAUGACCAUGAGCAUCAUCGUUUUGGCAUCAUGACUACCAACCACGCUGAGAGUUGGAACAAAGCAAUUGUCGACGCUCGGAGGCUCCCGCUUACUUCAUUGAUGAACUUCCAUGCGUUUGUUGGAGAUUGGUACAAGUUAGAGAACCAGUCAAAGAUUUAUAAUGGUAUCUUUGAGCCAAUUCCAAACAAGGGUGAUCCUCGAUAUCCUACAGAGCUUGCUUUCCCAAGAGUUGUGCAUGACCCCGAUAUGGAGAAGAAGAAGGGGCGAAGAAAAGCAACGAGAUACAGGAACGAGAUAGAUUUCCAGAGCCGGGGAAAGCAUGGAGGGACUUCAUCGAGAGACAGUUGA